GACGCCUGGUGGUAACGCAAAAUGGAAAUAAUCAGUGUUGUCGUUUUCUUAUAACUUGUUAUUGUAGAAAUCUCUUAAGGCAAGUUAAGCUAUCAAAAUGCCUACAGAGUCAUCAAGCGAGCUCCCUCCAGGUGAUCCCAAGCUAGUGGCAAAUAUUGUAGGGUUCCUAAAGCGUGAGGGUACAUUUGACAAAUUUAGAAAGGAUUUCCUUGCUGACAUCGAUACAAAGCCUGCCUUUCAAAAUCUACAACAGAAAGUGGUGGCAUAUGUGUCAAACUUUCUGAAAGAGCAGAAAUGGCGUCCAGACUUGAACAAGAAUCAGCUGCGGAACAACCUACGUCAGCAGAUAAACGAGUCACAUAUGCUGAGCAGUGGGAUGGACAGAAUUGUAGAUCAAGUGAUCAACCCCAACAUUUCACAGGUUGUGCGACCAGAAAUAGCCAAAUCAGUCUAUGACUUUCUAGGGGUAGAACCACCCAAACCCCGGGAACAAAAAGUCACAUCCUCUCACAAUGUGGGAAUGGGGAUGGUUGGACCACAGGGAUACUUGCCCUACAACUUUGCGAUGUACCCUGGUGCAACUGGAGCCAUGUUUCCAGGAGCAAAGGCACUGACAGAUGCACUGCUAGGUAUGGAGUGCCCGGCCCCGUUGCCUUCCGAGCCUCCCCCUCCAGGUGACUUACCCGCCCCACCUCCAGAACCGCCUCCUGAUCAUGAACCCCCGCCCCUCCCUCCAGAGGACGAGAUAGCGCCGCCCCCAAUCGAGCCACUUUCGCCCGUACGCUCGUCCGAAAUCAUCGUCGAGGAUCAGUCCGGGUUCGGACCACGUGACCCGACGCUCGACAUGACUGAGGCAGAACCGAUGGACCUCGUCGAUUCCAACUCGAGUCAGUCGUCGGGACAGGCGUCGCCGGCUAUCGGCUUCAACAACGUCGGCGACGACCUGUGGGACAUCCCGCUGCCCACCGGCGCCCCCACGCCGGAGAAGCUGCCGCCCGACAACAGAGCAUUCAGCGUCACGGAGAGCACUCUUCAGCUGACUGAAGCUGUUGGCACGGAGACGGAAGACGAUGGCAGCAAUCAGUCGGACGACGUGACAGUUAGCUCCGUACACACUAGUGACCUCUCCGACUUUGACGAGGAGAUCAGCCUGUCUUCUGACGAUGUUGAAUUCCUGAUGCAAACAAGCCAGGAAGAGGAGGUGAACGAGGAAGAGCCAGAAAAGAGUGAUGGGGGACAGAGAGAGCAGGAAGCGGAAAGCCAGGAGCCGAACAACGAACAGCUGAUGAAAGAACGCCAGAAACCGAAAGACGACUCAACGGACGAGACCGUGUCGGAACCUUGCCGAGACACUCCCACUACACCAGUAAAGGUCAGACAAGGUUAUCUGAACGAACAAGAUGGCACAGGCAGUAUGGAGGCAGUGAAAGUUCCGAAAACUCCGAAGAAGGAGCUGCUGAAGGAGCAGAAGCUGGCGGAGAAGAAGACAGCCGUGAGGCGAGCGCGUUGUCGCAAUCGCAGGGCCAUCACUGAGAGAUUCCUCGUCGACUUGAUCAGCCCGCUGGAAGCAGCCAAGCGCAAGGCAGGCACCGCCCCAGCCGAUAGCAGCGUGGAGGGAAGCUCAAUACGGCACGUCGGCUUCUUAACCCUCACCACCCGAGAACUAAAGACGCGCAUCAACCACUACUUGCUAAAUCCACCAGAUGGCGCCCCAAUCAUUCACAAGCUUAUGAAAAAGAAGGUGCGCCCUGCCGCCCGAUCCCCGGAUUCAUGUGGGCCAGUAGGGGGCGCCGCAGUUGUUGGAAAGGAUCUUCGUUCGAUGUCGUUAGCUGCGCAGCGUAAAGCAGCGGUGGUUGCUGAGCAUGGGCCGCAGACAGCUGUGGGUGAGGAGGUGUACAGGAGUGACGGCGCCACACCGACACAGGAUGAGUUCGUGGAUGUGGGUCAGCCGCAGACAGUCGACCAGGAAGCUGCGGGGCUUCAGUACGAGGUCAGCGCGGACGACCUUCAAUGUGAGGCCGGCGAGGAGGUCGUAGGUUACGAGACGACGACCUUUGACCCCGGCUCAGGCCGCGACGGCUCGCCCGAUGCGAGCUCGUCGCACAAUCCCAACCCCCACGCGUCCGCCGUCGCCAGCAAAGAUGGCCGCCGGUCGGCGAGUGAUGCGGAGGACGACCAGGGGGCGCCGGCGCGGCUCGUGUCGGCCAGCGAUGCGGAGCGGCGCGCGACGACGGGUAGUGGCGAGGACACGGACGCGAUGGUGGAGCGAGAGAUCGAGAAGGGUCUGCAGGGGGCGCCACCGAAGUCGCCGACCGACGAGAUCGGGCAGAAGAUUCAACAGCAGAUGGCGCUGGAGGCGUGGCGCACGCCAACGAAGAAGGUCGGCGGCGGUGUUCCCGGGAACCCGUACUCCGUCGGCAUAUCUCCGAUCGCCGAGCGAUUGGCUGCUGCUGUGCCGCGGCGGAGGAGGAGGGAGGCGGCGGACAGCUCCGAGAAGAGAGAAGCUAAGCCGAGAGCGUAUCGAUCACCAACGCCGUACAGCGAGAUAUCCGACCAGGACCAGUUCUCAGAGGUAAGGAUACGAUUGCAAAGCGGGAAAUGCUGGGAAUGA